GAUGAUUGUUCGCAGUUGCAAAAGUGGUGUGUUCCUGAAAGAAGAAACUUUUUUCGGAUCCUUACUUUAACGAAAUUAUCCAACAAAAUUCAAGUCUGAUUAACUUAAAUUUUUACUUUUGCUAUUGUUCGUACUGUGCUGUAGUAAUUGGUUGUGGUUAACAUUUUGCCCCAAUGUGGGGCUUAGAACAAAGAAACAGACAAUACAAGUGCAAAUAUUUUUCAUCACCACGAAUUUGUCAAUUUAAGAUUUCAACCUCGUCGCAUACGCGUUCGAUAAAAACUCUGUCAAUAGAGAGAGGGCUUCAUUUUUUGAAGCUUUCGCUAAUGUUUUGAUGGAAUUAUGAACCAGGAUUCCUUGUCGUUUACUUUGACGCAGAUUAGUUAUUUGGUUUCUAACUUGAACAAGAAGAAUUUCACGCAAAAUAGCCGACAAUUGGCGUUGCUGGUAAAACCGUUCGGAUUAGAAGCAGAUCGCCAUCUUCUGCGUUGCCUCUUUUCGAACAUUGAUUUUGGGGACUCAAUUCAAGUAUCUAAGAAUUCACUGCACGCUAAACUUUUAACGCAGGAACUAACAGCGCAGUUGAACAAAUCCUCACUCAUAACUAACAUCUGUUUCGCCAUCGACAACUGCUUUUCCUACCAAAAGUCUUUGAAACCAGUCGGGAAUAUUUUGAAUCAAGUUUCUAGAGCACUCAACUGUUCACCAAUAUUGGAAGUUGUAAUUGCCUUAGCAUUAACACAUUCAACAAAUUCGGAUUUCGCACGAAUUGCCGAAAAUCAAAUAAAAAUUGGCCUCACUUCACUCAUUCAACAAUACGUGGAAAUUGACACAAUUCGACCCAAUCAAGAAGGUGGCCUGAACGAUAUAUCACCAGAAUUACUACAAUUGAUUUUGUCGUUAUUGUCGCACGGCAAAUAUAAGAAAUUGGGUCUAUCCGAGGUUGUUUACAACAAAUUUAUCGGUCAAUUGGCGCGGGACUUCCCGAGAGAUCGAGUGCCAUUGAUUCUAGCGCCCCUUAUUUACACGGAAGAUACAGAGAUCUCGGCUGAGAAAAUGUCCGCGAAUUCGCAGGGUAUUUUAACAUCAGCCAUUAUGGAUACGUCAUGGCCUAAUCUGGUCAUGGAUAUAGGCUAUUCAUUUACGGCAUCGGUUGAAGACUGCAAAACACAUCUGAUCAAUACUGGUCGCGAAAUUCUCUCACAGGAUGUGGCCAAGAUAGUUGCGCUUAUGUGUCGAACGCAUACAAAUCUUUCCGAUUGCAGUAUCAAUUUGCCGACACCGAGCAAUGCAUUCUGGCAAGGUGGCCAGGGUGUCGAUCAAAAAGACAAGACUCAGCCAGCAUCAAUAUCAUCAACAGCUGAACACACAACAUGGAAACCAGAAAUUUUCGUUCAAGCAUUGAAAGAAGUCGCUGCGAACAUAAACUGGACGGAUGUAUGCUUUGCUUUUGAUCAUCGCGAAUUUUUGAUUAAAGAUCGAAUCGGACUGAAUAUUCUUAUAACAACCGUCCGGCUUGGCAUGCAAUCAAGUGGUGUUGGACAAACGUUCCCCGUUGACUGCAUUUGCAACCAAUGGAAAAAUGCAGAGGGGCAACUAUCGCUUAUCUCGUUGAUAAUCAAAAAUCCCGACAUUUACUCGUUUGCCGAUCACAUUUACAAGAGCGUGCAAAUUGAAUCGCUGAAAACGCCACCAGAAGUCGACAAUAAAGAAAUAGCAUCGUGGAAAUCAAUUCAUCUAGUCGAAGCAUUGCUCACGAUAGCUGAACAAGGCUUUUACACACAAGUAUUGGAGCACUUCAAAACACCCGUCCAACAUUGUCCGGACAUAUUGUUUAUGGCAUUGCUACAAGCGCAGCAACCGAUGACGGUGCUGAGACAGGAGCUUUUUACCAGCUUGGUGCCGAUUUUCCUGGGCAAUCAUCCGAAUUCCGGAACAAUACUUCAUCAUGCAUGGAAUUCGACAAAUUUCAAUCCACAAAUUCGUCACAUCAUUAUGCACUCAAUGAGCGAAUGGUACAUCCGCGGUGACUACGAUCAAUCUCGAUUGUCACGCAUACUGGAAGUGUCGCAAGAACUGAAGGCAUUAUCGAAUCUUCUUAACGCCAGAUCGUUCAUGUUUGUCAUCGAUUUGGCAUGCUUAGCGUCGCGAAGGGAGUAUUUGAAGUUGGAAAAGUGGCUGGGUGAUAAGAUUCGUGAGCACGGUGAACCGUUUGUUCAUGCGAUUGUGAAGUUCUUGCAGCGACGGUGUCCAGAAAUAACGGGUAAAAUUAUCGUAGAUCAAAUUCCGAAAGCUGCACAGUUACCCUUCGAAACACUUAGUACAAUGUUAUCGUGUCUACAACAAUGUGCAGCGAACGUGCAACAAGAACUCACCGAAAUUAUACUAACAAUGACCAGCAACUGUAACAUGUAUUUGAACAAGACAAAGCAGCCACAGCAACCACAACCUCCGCCGAAUGUGUUAAGAGCUCACAGAGGAUUGGAAGCUCCAUUUAGUACUCCCAAUCUGGGAGGAAUGUUUGCCGGUACUGAUUCAAUAGCUGCUUUGGGAUCAAGUAUGGCCGGUCUGAAUCUGGGAGCUCCAGCAAGUGCUGCUUUCAAUUUCAAUAAUGUGCUAAAUAAUAUUGUGUCGACUCCAGCUUCGCCAUCCCGCUUACUUCAAGCACCUUCAAAUAGUCCGUUCCCGAUUAUGUCACUAGCGGCAGCACCACCGGUAAACAAUUUGGGAAGAAUUCCAGCUACACCAACAGGCGAAAAAUUACCCAUCACGAACGCAUCAAUAUCAUCCGAAUUGGCGGCUAACGUAUCGAAAGAAGUCGAGGACGAAGCAAACAGUUAUUUUCAACAGAUUUAUAACCAUCCACCUCAUCCAACACUGUCAAUUGAUGAGGUGCUUGAUAUGCUUCAACGCUUCCAAGAUUCACCGGUUCGUCGUGAACGAGAGGUUUACCAGUGCAUGCUUCGCAAUUUGUUUGAAGAGUAUCGAUUCUUCCCCAAUUACCCCGAUAAGGAAUUGAUAACGACAGCUCAACUGUUUGGUGGCAUGAUUGAUCGCAAUCUUUGCACAUAUGUUCCACUGGGUUUGGCGUUGCGAUGUGUAUUAGACGCGCUACGAAAACCAGAGAACUCGAAAAUGUAUUUCUUCGGCAUAACCGCCCUGGAUCGCUUCAAAACAAAGCUCCACACAUACCAGAAAUACUGUGAACACAUAAAAUCAAUUGCUCAUUUCAAUUCGUUUCCGGAACACAUAAUUGAAUACGUCAAAUACGGAGCACAAAGUCAAGAGCCACCGAAUACACCGCAAGGUCAACUAAUGCCGCCAUCGUUGCCGAAAAUGAUACCGGGUAGCGAGAAUCCAACAGCAUUGUAUCGAGAUAGUGCUAGGAGUAUGUCAAUGACACCAAUUUCCGUUACACCGAAUCCAACUGCCAUGGCACAAGCAUCUCGUAACAUUAAAUCAAUAGCCAAUGCGACAAACAUCAAUACAUUGCUGGUAGCAACAGCUGAUCGCGAGGAGAAAAUUAUCGUUCCACCCGACACUGUUCAGGAUAAGACUGCGUUCAUUUUCAACAAUCUAAGUCAGUUGAACUUGCAACAGAAGUGUGAUGAAAUGAAGGAGAUUUUGAUCAAAGACUAUUACUCAUGGUUAUCGCAGUACAUGGUACUGAAGCGUGCUUCCAUCGAGCUUAAUUUCCACGUUCUAUACUCAAACUUCCUGGAUGCAUUGAAAAUUCCAGACAUCGUUCGACUCGUUACGAAGGAAAGUUUUCGAAAUAUUCGGGUAUUGUUGCGGGCGGAAAAGGGAGCCGACAAUUUCUCCGAUCGAACGCUGCUAAAAAAUCUUGGUCAUUGGUUGGGAAUGAUGACGCUAGGACGAAAUCGACCAAUAUUGCAAAUUGAUCUCGACUUGAAGUCAUUGAUUGUGGAGGCGUAUCACAAAAGUGAAAAUGAAUUGCUGUACGUCGUUCCAUUCGUUGCCAAAGUGCUGGAAUCAUGCGCUAAAAGUCGGGUAUUCAAACCACCGAAUCCUUGGACUAUGGGCAUUAUGAAUGUAUUGGCUGAACUGCAUCAAGAGCCCGAUUUGAAGCUGAACUUGAAAUUCGAAAUCGAAGUUUUGUGCAAAACUUUCAACAUCGAUGUGGCAAGUUUGAAACCUUGCAUCUAUCUGAAGGAUCCCGAAAAGGCAUUGAAUAUUGAAUAUCAACUGUCGCAACCGAAACACCAGAAGGAAUUGCAAGCACAACAACAACAACAACAACAACAACAAAUGAUUCAAGCGAUGGGUGGUCCGGCGAUCAACGACGAAAUUGCACCUCCACCAUCAGUACAAUCCUCCGGUCCGAACCUAUCUCCCAUUGCACCGCUCGAGUCAAGUGGAACCAUUGCAAUGCCGAUUGAGCCGCGAUACAGUUAUAUGGACAUAUCGGUGACUAGCAUAUCGAAUCUGGCUCAGCACAUUGUUUUCUCACCAAACAUUGCAAUUUUGCACACGCAACCACAAUUGAAACAAUUGGUUCGUCAAGCCAUCGAAAGAACUAUAACUGAAUGGAUCAAUCCCGUUGUGGAACGAAGUGUUCGAAUUGGUGUUAACAUCAGCGAACAGUUAAUUCGAAAGGACUUUGCUCUGGAUCCAGAUGAGUCCAGAAUGCGCACCGCUGCACACUAUAUGGUACGGAAUUUGACAGCUAGCAUGGCCAUGAUAACGUGCAAAGAUCAGUUACUGCAAAGCAUUACUGCGAAUAUCAAGUCUGCCUUCCAAUCUGCAUUAUCACAACAUCCGAACGAAUUGAUAAAUGAGGCAGUCAACCAGUUGGCGAUGGAUAAUGCUGAACUGGCUUGUGCUUUUAUUCAAAAGAGUGCAAUUGAAAAGGCUAUACCCGACAUUGAUAAGCGAUUGUCAGGGGACUUUGACAUGAGGAAAAUUGCUAGACCAGAUAGACGAUACUAUGAUCCAAAUGUUCUCGCUUAUCAAUCGGACAGAAUGCCCGAACCAAUUAAAUUGAAAGUUGGCGGUGUUGAUAGCUCACAAUUUGCUGUAUACGAAGAAUUCGCCAGAAAUAUUCCAGGAUUCCAGACUAUGACUGAACGUGAUGCAGCUUUAUUCAUCCCAAAAGCCAGUUUGCCAGAUAGCUUACCGGUUGUGCCGUUCAAUCCUGUUGCGCCAAGUUCACACGGAUCAAUUUUCGGUCCGGACGAGUUCGGAGUUUUAUACGAAGAAUUGGGUGGCAAAAUGGAAGCGUUCUUGAAUAAUGUGAUGACAAUUCCAGCCCUACAAAUUCAACUAACUAAUAUGCAUGCACUGUUUGAAUGUCUUGUCCACGCAAGACGAAAUCGAGACAACCUCAGCGCGCUCAACCUGUUGAACAAGGCUGUUGAAGGUUUGCUGGAAGGUUUGGUCUCCAACACAGAACACAUGGAACAAAUCAAACUGUAUCGCGACAUUCACUUGAGAGCGUUGCGCCUAUUGCAAGAUGGUCGUGCAUUCGGAGCUAUUUGGACGAAUCGAGCCAUCACAAAAUGCAUGGUCGAAUGUCGUGAAGACAUAAGAUAUAAUCUAGAAGCUGUCGAUGUAUUAAUUUCCGCAAAUUUCGUCAAUCUCAGUCAAUACGACAUGAUGCUAGUUAAUAUGAUGGAUAGCGGUACUCAUUAUGUGGCGGUGGCGUUUGCAAUGCAACUUGUCCAACACUAUUUAGUCGAUGAACGUCCCAGUGCUUUGGUCACAGAAAAUGAUUUUGCCAACACCAUCGAUUUACUGUAUCGACUGUCAACACAUCCCCGAGCACCGGAAGGUCUGGCACAUCUCAUCGAAAUGUUACGCUUGACUCACGAUCCGAACACUUUAAUGUUGGACCGGACAGCAGCCGGACCGACUCAACAUAUUCAUUCGGGCAUACUUCAAGUGCGAUCCAGUGAGGAAGAUCCACCAGACUUCCGUGAGAAGGCAGAAUGUUUGCUGAAGGAAUGGGUUGGCAUCUAUCAUGCUCAAGCAAGUGGUCGGGAUCCAAUUAAGUCGUUUGGAAUGUUUGUCAAUAGGAUGACCUUAUACGGCAUAUUGAAAACAGAUGAUUUGAUUACACGAUUUUUCCGUCAAGCAACGCAAAUAUGCAUCGAUUUGGCCUACAGAAAUCUUGGCGACCCGACAAUUGCACCCCAAACGGCCAAGACAAAAGUGUUUCAGUGUAUUGACGCAUUUGUGCGCCUAAUUGCUUUGAUUGUCAAGCAUUCAGGAGAACAUGGCAAUAACUCAACCAAAGUGAAUUUGCUAAACAAAAUUCUGGGCAUUGUCGUUGGAGUUUUGUUGCAAGAUCAAGAAAUGCAUGGUGCUAAUUUCCAACAAUUGGGAUAUCAUCGACUGUUUAUUAUGUUAUUUUUGGAACUGACUGCUCCGGAACCAGUUUUAGAAACCAUCAACUUAAGUGUAGUAACUGCAUUCUGUCAUACGUAUCACAUCCUGAAACCGUCCGUCGCACCCGGCUUUUGUUAUUCGUGGUUGGAGUUAAUUUCGCAUCGGGUGUUCAUCGGUCGAAUAUUGGCCAUGAUUCCGCAACAGAAAGGCUGGUCAAUGUAUUCGGCACUGCUGAUGGACUUAUUCAAGUACCUAGCACCGUUCUUGAGGAACGCCGAGCUCGCAAAGCCUGUUCAAUUGUUGUACAAGGGAACUCUACGUGUUUUGUUGGUGUUGUUGCACGAUUUUCCAGAAUUCCUUUGCGACUAUCAUUUCGGCUUUUGCGACGUGAUUCCACCGAAUUGCAUUCAAAUGCGAAAUCUUAUUCUGGCCGCUUUUCCACGCAACAUGAGGCUGCCAGAUCCAUUUACGCCGAACUUGAAAGUGGAUAUGUUAAGUGAAAUUGCGACAGCUCCGAGAAUUUUCACAAACUACGCAGCCAACAUCCAUCCGUUAGGCUUCAAAAAGGAUUUAGAUUCAUAUUUGAAAGCUAGAGCACCGGUCACAUUUUUGUCCGAGCUGCGAGGACAUUUGCAAAUAUCGAAUGAGCCGGGAUCACGAUACAAUGUUGCGCUAAUGAAUUCACUUGUGCUAUACGUUGGUAUUCAAGCAAUUACUCACAUUAGAUCAAAGAAUCUAGUACCGAAUAUGACGACUAUUGUCCACAGUGCACACAUGGAUAUCUUCCAAAAUCUGGCAGUCGAUCUGGAUAAUGAAGGUCGAUAUUUGUUCUUGAACGCCAUAGCGAAUCAAUUAAGGUAUCCGAACAGCCAUACGCAUUAUUUCAGUUGCGUGUUGUUGUACUUGUUCGUUGAAACUAACUCGGAAGCAAUUCAGGAACAAAUAACACGGGUCCUGUUGGAACGUUUAAUUGUAAAUCGACCACAUCCAUGGGGUCUAUUGAUCACAUUCAUCGAACUAAUAAAGAAUCCCGGAUACAAAUUCUGGGAACACGAUUUUGUGCACUGCGCUCCCGAAAUAGAGAAACUUUUCGAAUCAGUCGCCCGAUCAUGCAUGGUUGUUAAAUCAAACAAUCAUCAACAAAUGCCAAACGAAAACGAUUUGCAAGAAUGCAAUUAAUUCAAUCGAUAAAAUGUGCGGCUUCAUUAUAAGGUAAUUUAUGCCGCCACCACAGCUGCCCACAAUGGGUAGAUUUAUUAUUUUUUAAAGAAAUACAUCAAUUCCCGUUCUUAUUUAACUUAUACCAACAUUUACACAUCCAAUAAGGACACUACAUUUACCGGUUAAAUAAAUAAAUAAAUUUAAAAAAAUGAGAAACAGUCUCUAGUGAGAAAAUUUGUUACUUUUAUUAAUUAUGUUGUGGUCGAAAUAGAUACUGAUUUCCCAUUGUAUUCGAGAUAUUAGUUAAGUAUUAAAACAGACAACAAACAAUUCACUCAGAAAAUAAUAAAUUUGUGAGACAAAAAAGAAGGGAGAACCCAAUCAAAUGGACCACACUAAUAAACUUAUAGACUUUUUUUGUAGAAAUAUAAAACAAUGUUGUAAUCCAGUGCGAUAUGCAGUGUUGUUGAGAUGUACAAACAAAAAAAUUUUAAUAUUACAAAAUGAAUGGUGAGGUUUAACGCUGUAGUGAUAAAUUUAAUUAUUUUAUUUCAAUUUUUUUUUCGGUUUUAAUAAAAAAAAAAUAAACAAAAUCUAAAUGAUA